AUGAAGAUGCAGAUGAGAUGGGGUGGAGUUGUUGCGCUGGUUGUUGGGGGGGUUGGUGCGGCGCCGCCUUCGACGCUGACGACGACGGUUUCGGCGGCGGAGGAUGUGGGGAGGAGUACGAUGGAUGUUUAUCCGCCUUCUGGAACUCAGGCUGAUCCUUCGCUUUUUCCGCCCGAGGAGGUGGUUGGGUUUCCUGGACCGACACCGACUGGAGUUGAGCCCAAUGCUAUCGAGACUGCGCCGUCCUAUCCGUAUAAUGACCAGGCUGCGUUUUCUUGGCCGCUGAUCAAGCCCCAGCCGCAUGGAAGCGGGUCUCAAUCUCCUGACUUUGAUAUUUCAAAGUAUUGGGGUAAUCUCAGCCCGUGGUACUCUGUUCGCAGCGCCGAUUAUGGUUUGCCAGAUGCUAGUCCUUUGAUUCCGGAAGGAUGCGAUAUCACGCAAAUGCAUCUGCUAUACCGCCAUGGAGCCAGGUAUCCCACCAGCGAUGCCGCACCAGCAAAAUUUGCUUCGAAGCUUUCCAAUGCCACCAAAACCGGACUUUCGUUCUCUGGAGAACUCGCCUUCUUAAGCAACUGGAGGUAUAAGCUGGGUGCUGAGCUUCUUACACCAUCCGGUCGUAGCCAAAACUUCAUGCUGGGAAUCGAGUACCGCCAGCUCUACGGCCAUCUCCUCAACAACUUCACUCAAUCCGGAAAGAUACCAGUAUUCAGAACCCAGAGUGAAGACCGCAUGGUACACACAGCCGAAAAUUUCGCCGCCGGCUUCUUCGGUGUUCCCGAAUAUCUCAACCAAGUCAACAUCGAAAUCCUCGUCGAAACCCGCGGCCUCAACAACUCAGGCGCCCCCUACGAAGUCUGCAACAACUCCAACAUCGCCUCUCGCGGCAGCAUCGGUAGUACUGUCGCCUCUCAAUUCGCUGUCGAUGCCUUCAACGCUACACUCGCGCGCCUCCAGUCCCAAGCCCACGGCAUAACCCUAACCCCCUCCGACGCAAUCUCCAUGCUCCAACUCUGCUCCUACGAAACCCACGCCCUGGGCUUCUCCCCCUUCUGCGCCUUGUUCAGCGAACAAGACUUUAUAAACUACGAAUACUAUUUCGACCUCUCUUUCUACUACAACAACGGGCCCGGAUCCCCCGUCUCCGCUGCACAGGGGAAAGGAUAUCUCGACGAAUACAUUGCGCGUUUUACUCAUACGUUUCCUGCGCCGAACUCCGCGCUGAACGAGACGUUUGAUAAUACUUCGACGUACUUCCCGCUUGACCAGAGUAUCUAUGCAGAUGCGACGCACGAGGUUGUGGUGCUGGAUGCGCUUGUGGCGUUUAACCUUACUGCGUUGUUUAAGGGUGAGCCGUUGAGUGCGAGGGGAGAUGAGGGACGGAAUACGUUUGUCGCGAGUAAGCUUGUGCCGUUCGCAACGCAUUUUACCACCCAGGUGCUGGAGUGUAGGGAGAGGGUGCCGAGCAAGCAGGUUAGGUUUAUUGUGAACGACGCUGUAGUCCCAAUCCACGAAUCCCACCCCGGAUGUCCCGAGGACGCAGAUGGACUUUGCGCCUUCGACAAUGUGGUCGAGGUACUCAAGAAGAGGAGUGCCGAGAUCGAUUUCAACUACGAUUGUUUCGCAAAUUAUACGGCUGUGCCUGGUGUGAACUACAACGGGCGAGCACCAAGAUAG